AUGGCUCAUAACAGAUCAAACUUUAGUUUUCCUCGUCCACAACAUCCAACGCUUUCCUACCUUCUAAAUCUCUCAGAUUUUCUUCUUGAAAAGGUCACAAUUGGCUUCUCUGCUUCAACGGGGCUUUCCAACCAGAUGCACAAUCUUAUCUCAUGGAAUUUCUCAAGCCAAACUAGUUGGAGUCAUGAUAAAGAGAGACUUUCCAUUAUAAUCAUCUCUCUAGUGGCCGUGUUCGUGGCUGUGGUCGCGGUUAUACUUAUCAUAGGCGUUGGAGUCUACAGGCUUAACUAUAAGAAAAGAGUAACAUCAGAUAGAGACUUACACAUGCCAGAUCCCAGCGAUCUGAAGAGUCAUGAAGUCUUAGAAAGAGUUGACGAGGAGACAAAUCCCAAUAGAAGCCCUCGGGUGUACAGUUAUGAAGAACUAAGUAGAGCGACUGGUGGCUUUAGCCAAGAUUUAAUACUUGGACAGGGAGGAUUCGGAAGGGUUUACAAAGGAAGUCUAGAGGAUGGAGAAAUAGUGGCGGUGAAAAGAAUUUAUCAGAACUCUCAAGAUGGGCUUAGACAAUACGAAUCAGAAAUUGCAAUAAUUGACAGCUUGUCCCAUCCUAAUUUGGUUCCCCUUUUGGGAUGGUGUCACGACAGAGACGGCGAACUUCUUCUGGUUUACGAGUAUAUGUCCAAUGGCAGUCUGGAUAAAUAUUUGUUUACAGGAGAAGCUCAGAUUCGGACUCUGCGUUGGAACGAGAGAUUCAGCAUAGUCUGCGACUUAGCUUCAGCUCUUCACCAUCUCCACGUUGAAUCUAGCCCCCGCGUUCUGCAUAGAGACAUCAAAUCUAGCAAUAUAAUGUUAGACUGCAACUUUGUGGCACGGCUUGGAGACUUUGGUUUGGCUCGCCUGAUGGAGCACGAUAAUACUUCCCGCUACACAAAACCUGGUGGCACCCCGGGGUAUAUUGCGCCAGAGUGCUUUCAAACAUGGAGGGCUAGCUCGGAAUCGGAUGUCUUCAGCUUUGGUGCCGUGGCUCUGGAAAUUGCCUGUGGAAGGCCCGCGUUGGACAGAGAUCUUACGUUUUGUAAUAUGAGUUUGGUCAACUGGGUUUGGAGUAUGCAUGAAAUGGGACAGAUACUUGAUGCAGCUGAUAAAUUGCUUGAUAAGGAAAGAGAUGGUGUGCAAAUUGAAAGGUUGAUGCUGGUUGGAUUGUGGUGCUCUAUCCAUGAUUAUAGACAGAGACCAAGAAUGCAGCUAGUUCUGGAAGCCUUAAAGUUUGAAGCUGAAGUGCCUAUGCUCCCGUGCAGAGUACCUGGACAGCCUCAUUGA